AUGUUGAAAUUGGUUAUUAUUGAGAACAUGGCAGAAAUUAUGCUAUUCUCAUUAGAUCUCUUGCUUUUCUCCACAGAUAUCCUUUGCUUUAAUUUUCCGUCUAAGAUGAUCAAACUUCCUGGUUUUAUUACCAUACAAAUCUUCUUUUAUCCACAAGCCAGCUUUGGAAUUUCAGCAAACACCAUCCUUCUUCUUUUCCACAUCUUCACCUUUGUUUUCAGUCACAGGUCUAAGUCCAUUGACAUGAUAAUUAGUCACCUGUCUCUCAUCCACAUACUGCUGCUCUUCACCCAGGCAAUAUUGGUGUCCUUAGACUUCUUUGGUUCACAGAAUACUCAGGAUGAUCUUAGGUGUAAGGUCAUUGUCUUUUUAAACAAGGUGAUGAGGGGCCUCUCCAUCUGCACCCCCUGCCUCCUGAGUGUGCUCCAGGCCAUCAUCAGCCCCAGCAUCUUCUCCUUGGCAAAGCUCAAACAUCCUUCUGCAAGUCACAUCUUAGGAUUCUUCCUUUUCUCAUGGGUCCUCAACAUGUUCAUUGGUGUAAUCUUCUGCUGUACACUGUGGCUACCCCCAGUGAAAUGGGGCCAGUCUUCUGUUUGUCAUACAGCACUGUUCCUUUUUGCCCAUGAGCUACACCCACAGGAGACUGUUUUUCACACUAAUGACUUUGAGGGAUGUCACCUUUAUAGGGUUCAUGGUCCUCUCAAGAGGCUACAUGGUGAUUAUUUUAUACAGACAAUAAGAGGCUAUCUCAGUGCCUUCACACAGCCAGCCUGUCCCCCAGUCUCACCAGUGAAAAGAGCCUCCCAGACUAUCUUACUGCUGGUGAGUUUUGUCUUCAUAUAUUGGGUGGACUUUAUGUUCUGAUUUUCAAGGGGUGUGACAUGGAUAAAUGAUUCUCUGCUAGUGUGGUUCCAGGUUAUUGUGGCCAAUAGCUAUGCCACAAUUAGUCCUUUGAUGCUAAUUUAUGCUGAUAACCAAAUAUUCAAAACUCUGCAAAUGUUAUGGUUUAAAUAUUUGUCUCCUCCAAAGCUCAUGUUGAAAUUUAAUCGCCAAUGUGGCAGUACUAAGAAGUGA